UUCUGUGGUAAAGCAGCCGCCUAGCCGUUAUCGCCGUUCUAGCCGUUAUCACCGUUCACCGGUCCGACCGCUUGUGUUUCCCUAGCAGCAAGACUUUGUUUUGCCGAGUUUUCUGUGGCUUUCGCUUACCGUUGGUAAAGCCAUGGCCACUGAUGACAGUCAAGGCGCAGGAUGUUCUGCAAGUGCCGAAAAUGCAGAGAAAGAUGAACAGCAAACGAUGCGGAAAGCAGAACUGGAGGAAGAGGCAAAGUUCAAGUCCAAGUACCCGGCGAACGCGAGGCCCGGAGGAUCUUUAUUCCUCCAGAAACGACUGAACAAAGGGCAAAAAUAUUUCGACUCCGGAGACUACAACAUGGCUAAGGCUAAGGGCCAGAAAGUGGUUCCACGGGUGCCCCCUGCCGUCCCCCAGAACCCCACGGGGGAGACCAUCCCCACAGUGGAGUCGCUGCCGCCACGCAAGACCUCGCUGGUACAGAGCAAGCUGGCCACAGGGCUUUCAUCCUAGAAGGUGCAAAGUGGGGCUGCCCGUCCUACGGGGCUCUGGGUGACAUGAAACUCCUUUGUUGUUGUUGCCCUUGAGUGCAACACACGGGGGCGCUCGGUUGGUGCACUGCUGCUCACUGCUGGAAGCACAGUGGCCAUUGGAUCUGAACUGGCCAGGUGCUUACGAGAUCAUCCGGUCUCGAUUUGGCAAGACUUGGCUAACUUUAAUAGCAUCUGGUGUUUUGUGGUCUGUUACAAGUUCAAAGUUGAAUGUACCGGUGCCCCUUUUGAUCAUUUCAGCCGUCAAUUUACGACGGUAUCUCGUGCUUGGGCUUAAUUUACCAACAAUACAGGUAUCGUACUGGAUAGAUUUGUCCCCUGUAGUAGUUUCUGUAAAAAUAUUUGCGCAAAAGGCCUCGUUCAACAGUUGGAGUGGUGCAGCUAAACCUGCUGGGAAUGUGCAGUCUUUUAAUUAUUUUACACCUCCUUUUAAAUACAACAAUUUUAUGCAAUGACAGGCCUCCAAACAAAGUCAGAUGAGAACUACAAAGGACUUGUAAGUGUGUCAUCUUAAAAAAUAUUUCCCGCAAUUUCAGUAAAGUUACAUUGCAGUGUGUUGUGCCAGUAACUGCACUAGCACGGUUAAAAAAAAUAUUUCGUACACUACAAAACAUAAGGUUUAUGCUGCCAAGUGUUUCCCAUUGCAUAUACAAGCACAUUUAUAAAGCCAUUUGUUGGUAAAGUAGCUUAGAAUUUGACAAAUGACAUGGCCUUGAUUGGUCAUACCUUGUUAACACCGCUUCCCGUGCAUUUCUCAAGCAUGCAGCAUGCUGCUUUAACUGUUUGAGCCAAACACAUGUAAAUAAAAGUCUGUACAAACCUUCA